CCACUAUCGUUCAGUUCCAGCGAAGCCGCCGGUAAUUACAGCCAUUGACAGAAUUAUUACUGCGCAGUGAUUGUACAAACGUCGAAUAGCACAAAUGGCAAAGAAGGCCACCUCGCUUUUCGUCCGGGCACUGGAAAUGUCAGAAAGGCAGUCGUGCGAUGUCUUGAGGAGAAACUCCAACUGCACCAUCAGACAUUUGAGCUCUUGUGGUAUCUUAGCUACACAGCGUGUAAGCUUACCUCCUCCUUCAGCAUCUUCUCAGAUGGUGCCCUCCCGGAGCUUCAUUAAUUUAUCAGCCCCCCUCAUAGCGCGGAGAAUGGAGUACUCGGAGAGCCGGAGCAUUGCUUACUCACCUGAGCAGAUGUACGACAUUGUUGCCAGUGUGGACCAGUACCAGCAGUUUGUGCCUUGGUGCAAGAAGUCAAAGGUAACGAGGGGGCGAAACGGAGACAUGCGAGCUCAGCUUGAAAUCGGGUUCCCUCCCAUCAUCGAACGCUACACCUCCGAGGUCACAGUCAUCCCGAACCACCAAGUCCGAGCGGUGUGCACAGACGGGACGCUCUUUAAUCACCUUGAGACAUUGUGGCGUUUUACUCCUGGAGCUUCAGGCCAGGCUGAAUCCUGCAAUGUGGAGUUCUUUGUGUCAUUUGAGUUCAAAUCUCUGCUGCACUCGCAAUUAGCCACUGUAUUUUUUGAUGAGGUGGUCAAACAGAUGGUCAACGCUUUUGAGAAGCGAGCAACCAAACUCUACGGCACCGGCGUUCAUCGACAGAAGACUUCACUCAGAAGAGCAACCUAAGAACGGACGCAAGGAGAUACAUACCAACCACAUACAUUGUUAAAAUGUUCUGGAGAAGAACGGCUCCUCUUUUUUAAUCCAGUUUGUUGGAUUUUGGACUGUCAAUGCCAGCACAUAUUUUUGCUGAAAAAAUGUUUGAAGAGCCUAUUUAUUUAAACCAUAAGAGAUAUAAUUUAUUGUGAUGAGUGUGUGUGUAUAAUUUAUACAUUAUCUGUGGAGUGAAAGAGGAAGAUGAUUGCAGUAAAAUGUGUGGAGGAUGAAUGCUUUUUCAUAUUUACGUUCAUUAUAUUCACAUGGUUGACCAAAGGGGAAAAAUCUGCUUUAAAUUAUUACUAAAUGCACUUUUUCCAGACUUGUAAUAAAAAAAUAUAUAUAUUUUCUUAAAA